UAGCGUCGCCCGCCUUUUGUAGUUUUGUUGUGCUUCCCCAAAAUUCUCAGUUCGCCGCCAAUGUCCGCCGCCUACGCCCGCCCCAAUCCCAAAUCCCGCUCGCAAAAACCUAGUUUCAGAAAGCGCUGCCUGCUGAUGGCGAAGCAGCAGAAGACUCGGUUCUACAUCCUCGGACGCUGCAUCUCCAUGCUCCUCUGUUGGCACGACCACUCCAUUUCAGAUUAAUUUCUCCAUCGAUCGAUCGAGCUCCAGCUCCCGCUGUUGAAUUCGGUGGUCAGUGCGUCGUCCGCCGGUCGAAAAUCGAGGCCAUCGACCGUUUUCUUCCUCGUCGAUUUUGAGAGUCUCGCGAUGCGGAAGGAAUCAAAGAGCUGUGAUCGGAAACUGGAACUGCUGGAUUCUGAUAUUGCCAUCUACAGGUCGCCGUGCGGCUGCUGGAGCAGAAGUACGCUUUCGUGGAUACAGAAUCACAGUGGGAGAAAUUGAAAGGAGAAAUUGAAAAACUGGAAUUCGUGAUACAAGACUUGAAAUUGGCAAUAUUUAUUUAUCAGUAGAGAUAAAAAUUGUAAUUAGGACGAUGCUUGGAACAAGUACUAUAGCCUUAAAUCAAUGCAAGGAAAACUCCUUACAUUUGUAAAUCGGAGGGUACUUACAAUAACAUAUUGGGGAUUCUAAAUCUCAACACAAUUGGGAUGUCCAAUUUGGUUGGAUCAGUUUUAGAAUUCUUAGUCAUAAGGGUGUUUGUUGUCUUAGACUUGAAUCAGCUUGAUCAAAGUGAAUGGAGGACAAACUAGUAGGUGUUUCAAAAACAUGUCUUAAUUUGAUUAGAUAAAAAGUUUUCCUUCACUUAACCUCACCUCUCCUCUGUUUCUGCCCAACCAUAUUUCUAAGUUUUUAGGGCAUGCUCCUGUUACAUUU